AUGCAUUUGCCAAGACCAUCGGUCCCGGAAAAUCGCUGCACGCCGAUUGGAGUGGACGUGGAACAGUCUACCAACACAGCGAUCAUGUCCGGCGUUGGCCCCUCCCCGCGCUUCUUCCAGCAGCCGCUGCGAUACAUGAAGUGGGCUUCUAUCAACAAGCCGGCAUACUUUUACUCCAUCAUGGUUGGCUGCGCAGGACCCAUACUGGUCGUUACCGUUCCCCCGAUCCGGAGAUAUAUGGGCGAAGAGCAGAUCCCCAAGAUCCCUAUGACAUACCCAGUACCAAAGGGACCACGACCAAGGCCGACGGGUUUCGAUGACGAGUAA